UGGUUUUGCUUCAUGAUGUUACUACUGCAUUAUAGGAAUCAAUAUAAUUGUGUUCUGUUUUUUCAGGUUCUUGCAGGAAUGAACGUUUACUCUGCUGAAUUUGAAAGGAUAAAGGAAGAAUACAAUGUCCGUGGAUAUCCUACAAUCUGCUAUUUUGAGAAAGGAAAGUUCCUGUUCCAUUUUGAGAACUAUGGUGCUACUGCGGCAGAUAUAGCAGAGUGGCUGAAAAACCCGCAGGCACCUCAGCCACAGGCUCCGGAGAUUCCCUGGGCAGAUGAGGAAAAUGUAGUUUAUCACCUGACCGAUGAGGACUUCGACAAGUUCAUAAAAGAUCAUUCAUCUGUCCUAGUGAUGUUCCAUGCACCAUGGUGUGGGCACUGUAAGAAAAUGAAGCCAGAAUAUGAGAAGGCUGCAGAGUUUCUCCAUGCAGGCAGUGAUAGCCCAGGUGUCCUUGCAGCAGUAGAUGCUACCGUCAACAAAGCACUGGCAGAAAGAUACCACAUCUCAGGGUUUCCUACUGUGAAGUACUUUAAGGAUGGAGAAGAGAAAUACACUCUGCCACACCUCAGAACGAAAAAGAAGAUCAUUGAUUGGCUGCAAAAUCCUGAGGCACCACCUCCACCUGAGCCUGCAUGGGAAGAAAAACAGAGCAGUGUUAUCCAUCUUGCUGGAGAAGACUUCAGGGAGUCCUUGAAGAAGAAGAAGCACACCCUUGUCAUGUUCUACGCACCGUGUGAGUACACACUUCUGUAUGUGAUUGAGUUUUAUAAGCCCUACAGCUUAUGAAAUGGCAAAUUAAUUCCUCUCCUGUCCUCAGGCUUUGUAAGAGUAAAGAACUGAUUCUGAAUAUAACUGCUUGGGGCACUAUCUUAUGUGUCUUUAUAAAUUGGAAACAAAACAGUAUGCAGCAUUUGUUUAAAGAGUUACUGUGUUAAUGCAGGCACCAAAGCAGGCAGGGGAAUAAAAGAAACAAAUUUAUUUUCCUCUGAGCAUUUUAUGGUCCACAUAACAAAAUGUGAUCUUUUAUAGUAGGACAAUGGGCACAGAAAGCCUGGACUAUUAGUGCAGCACUUCAGCAGUGAAAUUGAUACAGUAGUGUAGGAGGAAUCACCCCCCAGAGGAAGAAAGCAAAUUUUGAUGGAAUAAAUUUUGUCCAUAAUAAUUCUACAUCUAAAUUUCAACUCAGAAUAUUGGCAUAGCUUCACCUUUCAGGAUUGUUUUCCAUGCAUCACACACAUGCUUUCUUUUUAAAGCUUUUAAGAAUAUUUCUAGUAAAGUUUUGAAUCAAGCUCUUUAUAAGUUAGGUGAAUGAGAAGAAAACAAGAAAAUGCCACACUUUUACCCUUUCCCUUCAUAUUAGAUGGCUUCUGGAGGUACAUGCCAUUUCGAGAUAUCUGCUUAUCUCUGGAUAUGCCUGUGGUUCCUGUUGUAUUACUGCAGCUAGCAGAAUCACCUCUUCUAGUUUCCUCUGUUGUUUCAGAGGCAGGCAGACUCAGUACAGGUGCUUAAUUUUGGUGAAGUUCUCCAAAGGGAGAAGAUAGUUCUGGCACUCAGUAUUAAGUAGUAUUAAUUUGCUUUUAUAGCACAGUGAAUUAGCCUCCCAGUAUGUGAGAAAUUGUUCCCUAUCAGAUAGGUAGCCCUGCUGGUCACAGAUAACCUUUGAGAUAAGCAGUUGUCAAUGUGGUUCUGUAAAACUGAACAUGUUUUUCAGAAUGAAAGGGGGAAAAAAAAAGACAGAAAAACAGUUCCUUGAUGCUUAAUCAGGCAGCUCCUUUUUUUGCUUUUCUUUUAGAGAAUUAGACAUAAGUGGUUUGCGGCUCCUCAGGAGCCCUGCUGAAUGUGCUUGUGGAGAGAUAGGAGGGGUGCAAUUCAGAAAGAAGGUUUCUGGAAGGUUGUAAAAAAGGGAAAGGGACUUAAUCCCUCCCAUCUCAACUCCAGUUCCUUCCAGUUAUUGGCUGAAAAUUGCCCUUGUGCUCCUGAUUCAUGGAUCUCAACCAGCUUAGAGUAAGUGCAACUUGGUAAUCAAAUGCUUGCACGUGAAAUAAUGAAUUUUAGGGGUUGCUCUCUCAGCUUCCUGGGGAAAGUUUUUCGUUUUUUAGCUGCAUCACUUUGAGACACUUAAGUUUUGUCAUCUUCAAGGGUGUGUUUAAAGCAAAGGCACUGAGUGCAGUAAGUAUGGAGCUGUCAGGGUUGAAAGGACAAGGCAGCUCUCACUGUUUGCAGGUGGUGCUGAGCAAAGGUUAGCCUGUCUCUGUCGUGUGAAAGGGCUGUAAAAGCAAGGUUUGCAUGAUGGAAGAUUGAAGGGUUGCCUUGAAGAACCAACCUGAUGCGUUCUUGCACUGCACGGUUACAGUGCUAUGUGAGGUUACCUGUGUGCAAGACAGGUUGGUAUUAACUGAAACCACUUCUGGACUUCUCACGACUCAUCAGGCAACAUUACUGUUGUCAGUAGGUGGGUCAUGCACGGCUUCUGUUGUGGCAGAUGUGCUCUUUGUAAAUGUGGAAGCACCUUUUUGCAGAGUAUACAGCAUGCACACAAAUUGAGCGCAACAAGCCUGCUCUUUGUUGGUUGCAGGGAAAAGUAGCCAAUGAAUAUUUUAAAUCUGUUUUCUGUGAAAUAUUUAUUAGUGUAACAGAACAGUACAAACCAUUCUAUUUUUCUGGUUUUCUACAGUGAUAAUGUGCUAAAUUUGAUAGAUUACUUUUUGUUUACCAUCUUCUCAAACUCGAGACCUCUUGGAGCUUACAUUGCCAAUUAGUCUUAACUUGCUUAUUUCAGUGCAGAAGGAGCACUGCUAAAAUUGCCAGCCCCUCUUUAUAUCAAGUAAUUUUCUUUUUCUAUUCAGACCCACAUCUCAGGUCACUGCAGACUCACAGUAUGUUACUCCAUUCACUUGUGACUCUGACAGUAUUUGUUACACUUACACAUAUGCUGAGAUAUUUUAAGACUAGGGGUGUGUGUAUACAUGCAUAUAUAAAGUAUGUUUAUAUAUAAAUAUUUAUACUAAGAAAUGUAUCUCUCAUCUAUUAGAAUUUAAAACAGAAUGUUGAGUAUUCUGACCUUUGUCAGAAAGCUCUGUAAAGCUUUCAGCUGGAGUGACAGACCUUUAGGCAAAAGCCAUUGAUAUAUAUCUUACAUCCAAAUAAAAAUGAUCUGGCUUUUUUGUGCUUUCCAGUCCAAAUUAUUUAGUAUUUAUAGAAGAACCAUCAAUCUGCUGCAAUGCAGAUAACUUUGGACUGAGCUGAAUGAUGCUUUAAUGGUACUGAACAGUGCUUCACAGUGAUUUAGCUCCAGAAGAGAGGAGUGCUGCAUCCACACAGAAAAGAGGGGGAACUCAACACCUAUUUUCAGGGUGAUGGAGUAAAGUAAAAAGUUUAUCCCUGGUGCCUGUGGAAUAUUUUAAGGACUGAGAAUGUGAAUCAAAACUCCUGAAAGUGCCAGAUAAAAAUCUGCUUUUGUGGACUUGACACUCGCAGAAAAUGAUGUCCAUGAUUUCACAUUCCCAUUGCUCCCUAGUGGCAUUUCAGUGCACUGUAAUAACUCAUUAAGGGCAGGAAGCAGCUGUAAGAGCAGCUUCUUAUUGCUAACUGGGGACAGAGGUGCCAGUUGCAGAAAACUACUGCUGCUUGUCCCAGUUAGUGCCUGGGACCUCAUCUUUGUCCUGCUGUCCUCUGGGUACACCAUAGUGAAAACUGAUCCUUGUUCGUGGUGCUAAGGGCCAGCACCUGGGGCAGGCUGCUAGCAUCUGUGCUGCAUAGUACCUGGCCCAGCCUUCCAGUGGACUCUUGUGGGCCUAAGGUUUAACUGUCACUACAUCUCCCCUUAUCAGGUUCAAAAUCCCUAAAAUAAAAGGAAGGGAAUGAUACAAUAUGCUGAAGUGAAGCACGGUGCCACAAGUAUGUACUGUGACCUAGGGACUAGCAGAGGGGUUUAAGGAGCAUUCAUAAGCAGUAAUACUGUUGCACGAGCAUUCAAGAAAUGUUUUGAGAGGACUUGUGGGAUCUGUCUCUGUGCUAUUUCUAUAGGCCAGCCCUUGGAGUACUGGAUUCCAUUGGCUACUCCAGGUUUCCUGGAGCGUAUCUGGUUGACAUAAUCCAGAAAAUGGGAGAGGAGUGUUUGGGAUCACUUUUCAUCUAGGAUGACUUUUUCUUUUAUCCUCACUUUUUGUUCAUACAGCUUAUCUGAAUGUGUUUUAUCUGCAUUUCUUACUUUGUGAGCUCUCUCCACUCCGUUACCCUGGAUAAUUGAGAUUUGACUUUGCCAAUGCAUUAAAUUUUAACCUCCUCCUACUGUAGCACUGGAAACUGUGCAAAACAGAACCAGUUGGUUGUUGAUUAGUUGUCAGAAUCGCAAAGGGCAAUGAAGCUCCAGUAAAUAAAGUGUCUUCUCAGUUGGAGAUGGUUUUGCUGCAUGACUCAAGCUGAAUUAAGUGGGGAAAAAAAAAAGUGAUUGAAGCUUGAAGGCUGAAUGAAGGAAUGUGUGCAUUUUUCAGUGAAAUAGGAACAUCUGGAUUUUCUUCAGGAAGGUACUUUGAAUCUGACCCAGACUUCUGUCUGGAAAAGCCUUUGCAGUCCUACGUGGAAUUUCUUUUCAAGCACAUGCAAAGCCCCAUGCCAAAUUGAUGGCCAUCAACAUUCUCUAAGUAAACUUCACGUGGUUCUCUCUUGCUUCGUGCCCUUCCCUGGGAUUUAAUGCGCCUUUCUGCUGUUGUAGUUUGGUGAUGUGAUCAUCAAGUUGUUAGCUUUUCUUGGGUGAUGCUCCUUCAGAAAUCAUAGAAUCUCCAGAGUUGGAAGGGACGCGUGACUGUUGCUGUAUCCAAUUCAUAGCUCCACACAGGACCACCCAAGCUUAGGUUAGGUAUUUUCUACACUUGUAGAAAUGGUUCAGAGCUGGGGACACAGAACCCAUAGAUAUGCAAUCCAGAACACCUUAGGCAGAACUUCACCACAAGGUCGCAGCAGCUGAUUCACCUCCUUUGCUCAGCAGUAAUGAGGCAGUACUGGAAUGUUGUGUCUAGUUCUGGGCUCCCCAGCACAAAAAGGAUGUAGAUGAGCUCUAGUGGGUACAACAAAGGGGUAGUUUGGUGGUUGGUUUGGAGUUUUUGGGGGAGAAAAUGUUGGUUUGGGAUUUUUUGCUUUAUUUUUGUCUUUCUGUAUAGUUCUGAUUAUCUGUAAAUAGCAGAGGCUCGUUACACACACCUCUCACCUUAGUUCUUGUACACAAACACAUUGGUAGCUUUAAGAAUUAGAGACCAACUUAUGAAAACGUAUUCAUGUUGUUUUGUGGUUGAGAUUGCUGCUUCCACAGAGACUACAAAUGAAUUAACUGUCAGAACCUGGAGUUGCAUAUAAUAAAGCAUCACUAAGAGACUUAAAUGAUGAGGAGGAGUUGCUUAAUUUUCUUAGAUCGGUUACUUUUAAGGGGAAGGACUUGAUGCUGAGCAAAUUCAUUCUAUUCCCAAUUUUUGUAAAAACACAAAGUAGGUGUUCUUAACAACAAAAUGUUGGCUGCAGUGAGAAAUAAUAGGAAUGAAAUGCUCUCUUUUUAUGGUUUGCAAGGGCAGCAGUUGCCAGUGCUAUUAACUUGUCAAAUGGCCUCAAUUUGCAGGACUCAACAGGGUUCACCAAGUGAAUUUUUUUAAUAAAUACUUUGCUGGGAGCUGAUUUCCGGUUUGCUUCUCUGUUCAGCAGUGAAACUUUCCCUUUGCUGGAGAUUAUUUUUGUCAGCUGGAAAAGGUUACUCUCCGGUGAAGCCUGACCCACAGGGGUUACAUGGAGAACACCCAGAAAUAAACCUUACUGAGGGUGAUUUUAAUGAGGUAUCUUUGUAUUGAGUUAGUGGCUGUGCGGUGACGAAUGGAUAUGCAAUUAAGACAUAUCAGCCUCCUUGCCUCUUCCCUCACUUCUUUUUUUUCCUAAGCUUUUUCCUUUAGGACUGAAAGAUGUGAACGAGGGCACUUAAUUUUGGUGGAAUCAAGGAGGGGUUUGGGAUGGCCUUGUUCUAAGUUGUUACUGGGAGAUGGCACCUAGGUAUUGUUUUGGUAUACAGCAGAAAUGUUCUUUGGCUUCCCAGCCAAACAGGAAUCUGACAGUGACACAUCAUCACUUCUGAUGGGUUGUCCCCUGGCUACCGAGCAGCCAGAAAUUGGAUCAGAGUGAGGUUUUUGGUUCUGACUGUAAAUCAGGGCUGCUACCCCUGUGCAUCUCAUCAGCAGCACAUAAAAGGUUGAGGGCUGCAGCAAACUUGCAUUAAUUUUAGUCACAGGUCACCCUGCUGUUCUGGUUCUGUAUCCCGGUGUGCUCCUCUGUCUUUCCGCAAAGAAAAAUUUUAGUCAGUUUCUUCCAUCCAAGUUUUGUGUUGAGGAAAUGCAUGGCAGAAAGCACUGAGCUGGGAGUCCAUGCUCUGGUUGCCCCAAGCACAGAGCAGGUAUUGGUGGGUUUUUGCUAUUCAUGCUAACAGUCAGCUCCUGUCUGCUCCCCAGCCCUGCCAGCAUGCUUCUGCAACCUGAGCUGCUUUCAGAAAGCUGCUCUUAAGAAAUCAGCGGUGGAUCCUUUUUCUCCCUUCACUGAAGGAAGCUGGACAAAGUUGGCUGCUCUGUAUCUCUGUGCAGGAAGCUUUGGGCAAAGCUGGCUGAGUGAUUGUGCAUGAAGGAGGCACAGCUAGCAGAAACAUGCAGUAUCUGAGUUAACAAAGUCCAUAUGCGUCAAGCAGAGCAGCGCAGAUGAGUUCAGUGCCCUGAGACGUCCUCCGCAUGGCUCUCACCAAGUGUUUUCCCAUCAUUGUCAAGCACAACUUGUUAGGUUCUCAUUAGGAGGCUGUAUCGAGGAGUCUGAACAAAAUGUGCACGAUUGUAAAUGAAGUUUAAGCUAUCAAAAAUGACUAAAGACAUGCUGAACAGAAAAAAAAAAAGCCCAUUUCAAGGCAAAGACCCGUGCAGGGAGGAUUUUCUGAGUGUUGGCUGAGGCAGCAGCCAGGUCUGGGCCCUCUGAUAACGAGGCUGCAGAUCCUGUGUGGGCACUGCAGAACUGCAGUGUUGGCUUCACAGUAGCAGUCUUCUCUUGCAUUAGCAGUGCUCCUGCUGCAGGCCUGUAUCGGCAAAGUGCAUUUGUGCUGAUGCCACAAAGCACAUUAGCAAGCUGGUUUUGGUAAAGGGUGAGGAUGUAGAAUGGUGCCUGCAGUCAGGCUCUCAGAGCUGCUCUUAUCCCCAGGGUCUGUGCCAAGGCUAUUAAUUAGCACAGCACAUUUUUAAUUGCUCUGAACUCACAAGUUUAGAAUGCAUUUCAUUGGCUGCACAUAGCUGUGAUGAGUGCUUACAGUAAGAUGGCCUGGAGCUGGGGUAUUAAACCUAACUUUAGCAGGGUGACUCUAACUGUUCAUUUCUAGUGCUGUGGGUUUCUAGGGAUUUAGUUUAUGUAUCCCUGUUCUCCUCUGUAUACCCAAAAGUGCUACAGAACUAAAGGUAACACAGUUUGCGGAGAGCAAGUGCCUUGGUAAAGCACUUAGUCUGAGAAUGCUGUGAUGAGCAUGGACAACAGAGCCUGGAUUACAGCUCAGGAAUUCCCAGCUCUCGCCUUUAUGUACAUUUCCUCUUUCUCAUAAAACCCUUUUUGUCUCAGAAAAUCAUAAGAAAUAGAUUUGAAAAUAGCCUUUUAAGAGAUCUCAUCAAUCUGGAACCCUAAAGGGGAGUCAACCAUUUUUAAAUCCUGUAAAACUUUCCCUCAAAGCUUAGUGCAUAAUAGAAAGUCUUUUUAAUGCUGACAAAAUAAGAGUUCGAAUAGGUUGGAAAAAACAGGACAAGAACAACAAAAAUACACUAAUAUGUUGAGAAAUUGGUAUCAGGCUGCCUGUCAUUGUUAGGAGUGAAGCAAGCACUGGUUGACCCAGUGCUUAAAUGAAAACCUCAUGACCUUUACUGAAUCAAAGGACAAAUCCCUCUCAAUUAUUAAUACCUUGUGUCUUGGAAAUACAAUUAUGCUGUGUGUCAGGACAUGUCAUAAAAUGAGCUUUGAUUCCAGAUAUUUCAAUUAGAAGAGCCUCCAGUUCUCCACUGGUAGAAAAGAAGCAUAUUAAUCUUUCAGUAACAUCUGCAGGCAUGUUUCUCAGAUCUGCCCGUGGUUUCAAUGACUUGUGUAGCUGCACGAAUUGUGUUGGUUUAAGCAGUAUAUCUGUUUUUGGCUCUUAUCUAUGCAAUGACUGCCCACGGCCUGUCUUUCCUUGAUUGACCCAAGUUUUAAUUCUGAAUAAUCACCUGGAAACUCUUGAAAUGGAAACACUUUGCUUUGCACUGCAAUGUACAAGCUCCUGGCUUUGCUUUGAUAGCUGUGCACUGUUCUGCUUUCUCUCACUUAGAAUUGCAGUCAUUUGAACAGCAAUAGCAGAGGGCAUCAUCUACCCCUGUUAUUUAGUCAGUGAUUAUUUUGAGCAGUGAUGAGGAAUCUGAAAGCCAUUCCCUGCUCUGCACUUUGCUUCCUGAGCCCUCUGAGGCCCAGAUGCUUUUGCAGCAGCAUGAAUGGAGUCAACCCCUUGCAGCCUGUCACACAGGGCUGGGGACCCAGAGAGUCACUUAACCUCUUCCUGACUCCAUUUAACCUUGGUUGUAAUGACGGAGAAUGAUAAUUGCAUCUGUCUCUCUUAGGGCAAUUUGAUGCGUAAUUAAUUGAUCCUGGUUAACGGGUUAACACAUUUGAGAUCACCCAUUGAGAAGCAGUAAAAGAAGUGGAGAGCCAGUGGGGGAGCAGAGCCCUUCCUGCAAAGAGCUGAGCACAGACAGCACACGUGGUAUGGUCUCACAUCACUGGGAUUGGAGACAUCCUGCAAGGAGCUGGUCAGUGCUGUGCUCUGAAAGUGCUGAUGGUUGAAAGUUCUUCUGUUUGAGGAGGAAACAGUCUGCAACAUGAAAAUGUAUGUGUGUUUAAACUGUCUUUGAAAACUCUCAUGUAAAAUGUAUGCACCCAGCUUUAUGACUUACCACAUUUUAUUAGGUGCAGGGUACUGAAAGCGUGCACACAGCAUUGAUGAAGUUACACGUUGUUUGUUAACAGGGGACAAAAAGUGUAGGAUCAUACUGUCUGACGUUGGGGUGCCUGAUGUGUUCUGGCAGAGCCACAGUGGGAUGCUCUGAUUGGAGUCAGCACGUGUCCUUCAAGUGCAAGAACAGCAAAAGCCCAUUGCCUCCAGCAGCUGCGGCUUGUAUGCCAGCAUCUCUUGUAGAAAAACAUUCCCUUUCAAAUUCAGAAUCGCUAAUGAUGAGGAACACAAGUGUUUUUUGUCUGAAGUUGACCAGCUAAAGUUCCCAGGGAGCUCUGGAGGGUUCUGAGUUGCUUGUGUAAGUGAAAACUAGACUGGUUUCCUGAUUUCUGUCAUUUUUUUGUCUUUGGACUGUGGCUACUAACACACUUGAGCUUUUUGACUCGGUUUGCAAUGAAAAGUACCUCCCCAUCCUUUUGGUUUCCCUGUGGGUCUUCUGAAUCCCCUCCAUUUAGAAUAUAUUUUUGAGUUGUGGACCCAGAACUGCAAGCAGCACUGCAGGUGCCAGCAUAGUGACCCUCUCCACACCUACUUAAUAGUUUCAUUUAUACAUUCAGUGAAGUUGCUUCUGACAACUCCAUUUUCUUUCAAAGCUAUUUCUGGUAUUAUUUGGAUUUCUUCUGCUUCUAACACAUUUAAAGCCCUUAUAUGCUUAAAAAAUCAUUAUUACUUCUGCUGACUGUAGAUACUGCUUUGAUGUCCAUUUGCUUCCUUUAUCUAUUUUGUACAAAUUGUUAGCUUUUGAUUUAUAUUCAUUAAAAACAGCUUCACCUUUCUUCUAUGUGCUAUGCUAAUACAGCUUCUACUCUUCUAAGGGAACUGAAUUAACCUUGUACUGUUCAGCUGUAGAGAGGUUAUGUUAUAUCACUGGGCUUUGUAGUUUCAAAUUAAACAAAGCAUGAAGUAACUUAAAGGACUAUUUCAUAUUUUAGCAAGUAGAAACCUGUGUCUUAUGCAAACAGGGCUUGAUUCCUUUAGGCAAUUCUGAACAUUUCACACAACUUUAUUUUAAAUUUAAUAAGAUAACUAUUGUCCAACAAGGGGCAUCUACAAUCACACACCUCUCAGGAGGCAUCUUUGUAAUUGUUAUCUGGUCCUAAUACCUUUGUACAUUGGAGCUUUUAAGAAUCUUUCAGUUUUUCUUUUGACUUUGUCAUCAUUAAGCAGUUAACUUGGAUAAAAAGAGAAACCCUUCCUGACAAGAAAUACUGUUGGAAUCUAAUAAUGAUAUGUGGGUUAUUCACUUGAUCGCUCAAUUGCUUUUAAACUUUACAUCCCAUCUAUGUCCCAUAGGACCAUACAAUAAUGGGAAUGUUACAGUUGUGCAUACAGGAUAUUAUUUCUAUGGCUUUAUUGAUUUUACCACCACAACGUAUGCUUGAUUACUUGUGUUUCUGGGGUGGUGUGCGCUUUUUUUUUAAUAUCAGUUUCACUUGUUUCUUACCUUAGCUGACAAAUCACUUUAUAUUGUUUUUCCCCAGUCUGCUUUUUAAUU